GAGGCGCGCGCUACGAGCUGGAAAGUUGAACCUCUGCUCGAUUGCAUUCGAUUUCUUGUGGUCCUCAGUGGUCCCCUCCCACAUGGGACAGGUGAUUUUCAUACAUGUGUAUGAGUCGUACAGUGUCAAGUGAAAAUCAGUUAUCGGCGCGAGUGAAGAUCGACGGCGCGCCUUCUUUCUUGUAAUUUGAAUCGUGAAGGUUCGAAAGACAGUAGUUUUGGGCUGAUAAUUACGGAUCAAUAGAAAGAAAAUUAUACCGAAGGUGCACUAAUUCUUUUGAGUGAUUACAUAACGGUCUUGAAAUACCCAAAAGUUUUACUUAAACCAAAGGAAAAAAGGAAUAUCUCGUUCAUCAGUUUAGGUAUUCAUGCAAUCAUAAAUCUUUUCACCUUGGGGAUCGUAUGCUAUUUUUAUCUGCCUGUCAAAUAUUGUAUAAAAAUCUUACGUAAUUAACGAUUCGGUAGGAAUUCGGUUGAUCAACGCCCUUCAGAUUAUAUCGCAGUGUUCAGAGAUACAUCCACUUAGUCAUGGUCAGCCUAGCAUUAACUCGAUCGUCAAAUCUAAAACACUUCUACCACCUGUUCUCCAAAAAUGCUCAUCCCUUACCUUACCUAAAUUGUUGCAACUACUCCGAAACCCCAAAAUUUGGAGAUCUUGAUGGACCUAUUAAAGCAUUAGCUGAUAGGGUAUCUCGAGGUGAUUUAUGCAGCGAUGAACAUCAAUUGAAAGUAGUUCAAAGUCUCGAAAGGGUUUAUCAAGAUUUGAAAGAUUAUGCACCCCCGAAACACAGCUUUUGGAGUAAGUUGAUGGGGAGGAGUAGGGGGAAGGUGAGGGGGAAAAAAGAUGAUAAAACACCAAAGGGAUUGUACCUCUAUGGAGCUGUGGGUGGAGGUAAAACAAUGUUGAUGGACCUAUUCUAUAACUGCUGUCAGGUUGAUAACAAACAGCGGGUUCACUUUCACUCAUUCAUGCUUGACGUGCAUGGAAAGAUCCAUGAUGUCAAAAAGACAUUUGUCAAGGACCAUAGCAGUGACAAACUUAAGCCUUUUGAUCCUAUCCCACCAGUUGCAGAAGCUAUUAGUGAGAAAACUUGGCUAUUAUGUUUCGACGAAUUUCAGGUCACAGAUAUUGCAGAUGCAAUGAUUCUGAAACGACUGUUCACAGAAUUAUUUAACAACGGAGUCAUAGUAGUUGCAACGAGUAACAGGUCGCCGGAUGAUUUGUACAAAAAUGGUUUGCAGCGCGCGAAUUUCUUUCCAUUCAUUCAAAUUUUAAAAGAUAAUUGCCAAGUCGAGACGUUGAACUCUGGCGUAGACUAUAGGCAGAAAAUUGGUCCAGGAAAAGAUAAGAACUACUUCAUCAAAGGGCAAGAUAAGGUUGAUGGCAUUGACAAAUUGUUUAAGUAUUUAUGUUCAAUGGAAAACGAUGUUGUUAGGCCUAAGACUUUUAGAAUUAAGGGUCGUGACGUAAGAUUUACAAAGACUUGCGGGCAAGUUAUCGACUCUACAUUUGAAGAGCUAUGUAAUCGGCCACUUGGCGCGAGUGAUUAUCUACAGUUAGCUCAAUUUUUCCAUACUGUGAUAAUACGAGAUGUACCACCGCUCAAUUGUAAAUUAAAAUCCCAAGCGAGAAGAUUCAUAACACUGAUUGAUACCCUCUAUGAUAACAAGAUUAGAGUAGUAAUUUCUGCUGAUCUUCCACACAGACAAUUGUUUACUGUGGAAAGUGAAAGUGAAUAUACGGAUGAGAAACGAAUGCUAAUGGAUGAUUUAAAAAUAAGCAUCGGCUCGGAGGACCACAAGUCGAGCAUAUUUACCGGCGAGGAAGAGUUAUUUGCUUUUGACAGAACUGUAUCUCGUUUAUCUGAAAUGCAGACUAGGGAAUAUUGGGAACAAUGGGAACGGCAUAGAUAAUAGUAGUUCAGGAUAAUCAUAAAAAAAGUUUCGUUCCAAACAAGUCUCCAAAUCCAUCGCUGUACAGUGCAUACAAUGCAUCUCAACUACGGGGAAUUUUUGUCUGUCUCUUUAUGUUUCUUUUUUUUUGACUCGUAGUUUCCCACCUGACGAAAUAAACCAAAUAAUUUUCUCCAACAUUUCAAUUAUAAAUUGGAUUGCUCAAAUUUGAUCGACAAGAAAAUAAAUAAACCAAGAAUUAGUGCUAAAUAACAAAUAAUAAUUUUCUAUUAAUUAGCUCUUAAACCUCUUCUAACUAGCCUUAAAUUAUUCACAAAUUUGGGGCCGGAAUUCGACUUUUUUUUUAGGGUGUUCGUUAUGGUAUUCAUAUCAUAUGUAUAUAUCGAUCUCAGGAAUCCGAAUUUGAAAGCCAAAUUGACCUAUUUAUGAAAUUGAUCGAGUUAUCGCCAAUUUAUUGAUCCAAAAAGGGAAAAAUCAGGGAUAUCUCGAUAAG